AUGAAAAAGCAGACCAACAACAAAGGGAGAGGGAUAGAUGGAGCAAAAAUGGAAGAGUCUUGGUAUUUGUUGCCGGGGAUAGGUUUAAGUUUAUCUAUUCAUGGGGCUGAAAAGCGUUUGCAAAUCCAUCAACGGCGAAGUGUGGCAAGCCGUCCAGGGUCACGUCGUCGCCUGCCCGUGGUCAGGCAUUCCUCACUCCCACCAGGCAGAAGGUCAAUAAAAAUGGAGGCAAGCUCUUCUGGAAUCACUAAUGGAAAAACCAAAGUUUUCCAUGCAGAAGGAGGUGUGGAUUUGCAAGGCUGCCAGCUGGAUAUGCAAAUACUACCUGACGGCCCAAAGAGUGAUGUGGACUUUUCAGAGAUUCUUAAUGCAAUACAAGAAAUGGCCAAGGAUGUCAAUAUUCUUUUUGAUGAAUUAGAAGCUGUCAAUAGUCCUUGCAAAGAUGAUGAUUCCCUCCUUCACCCCGGAAACCUGACCAGUACUUCAGAUGAUGCCAGCAGAUUAGAAACAGGGGGAGAGACAGUGCCAGAAAGAAACAAAUCAAAUGGACUUUACUUUAGAGAUGGAAAGUGUCGAAUUGACUACAUUCUUGUGUACAGAAAAUCCAAUCCCCAGACUGAAAAGAGAGAAGUAUUUGAAAGAAAUAUUAGAGCAGAAGGAUUACAAAUGGAGAAAGAGUCCUCUCUAAUAAAUAGUGACAUUAUCUUUGUGAAGUUGCAUGCCCCAUGGGAAGUUCUUGGAAGAUAUGCAGAACAAAUGAAUGUAAGGAUGCCUUUCAGGAGAAAAAUCUAUUACCUGCCCCGCCGGUACAAGUUCAUGAGCAGGAUCGAUAAACAAAUAAGCAGGUUUCGGAGAUGGUUACCUAAGAAGCCAAUGAGGCUGGACAAGGAGACACUGCCAGACCUGGAGGAGAACGACUGCUACACUGCCCCUUUCAGCCAGCAAAGGAUCCAUCACUUCAUCAUCCACAACAAAGACACUUUCUUCAACAAUGCCACAAGAAGUAGAAUUGUACAUCACAUUCUGCAAAGAAUAAAGUACGAAGAAGGAAAAAACAAAAUCGGUCUGAAUCGCUUGCUUACCAAUGGCUCCUAUGAAGCUGCUUUUCCCCUGCAUGAGGGAAGUUACAGAAGUAAGAACUCCAUUCGAACCCAUGGAGCUGUGAACCACCGGCAUCUACUCUAUGAGUGCUGGGCUUCCUGGGGCGUGUGGUAUAAAUACCAGCCUUUGGAUCUUGUCAGGCGGUACUUUGGAGAGAAGAUCGGGCUGUACUUUGCCUGGUUGGGCUGGUAUACCGGCAUGCUCUUCCCAGCUGCCUUCAUCGGAUUGUUCGUCUUUCUGUAUGGAGUCACCACCCUGGAUCACUGCCAAGUCAGUAAAGAAGUCUGCCAAGCUACAGAUAUCAUCAUGUGUCCUGUGUGUGAUAAAUACUGUCCAUUCAUGAGGCUGUCUGACAGCUGUGUUUAUGCCAAGGUGACCCACCUUUUUGACAAUGGAGCCACUGUCUUCUUUGCUGUUUUCAUGGCAGUCUGGGCAACAGUUUUCCUGGAAUUUUGGAAAAGACGUCGAGCAGUAAUCGCUUAYGACUGGGAUUUGAUAGACUGGGAAGAAGAGGAGGAAGAAAUACGACCGCAGUUUGAAGCCAAGUAUUCCAAGAAGGAACGGAUGAAUCCCAUUUCAGGAAAGCCAGAACCUUAUCAAGCAUUUGCCGAUAAAUGCAGCAGACUUAUUGUUUCUGCAUCGGGGAUAUUUUUUAUGAUCUGUGUGGUGAUCGCUGCUGUAUUCGGAAUUGUCAUUUACCGGGUGGUGACUGUCAGCACUUUUGCUGCCUUUAAGUGGGCGUUAAUCAGGAAUAACUCUCAGGUUGCAACCACAGGGACUGCCGUUUGCAUCAAUUUUUGUAUCAUUAUGUUACUGAACGUGCUCUAUGAAAAGGUUGCACUGCUUCUGACAAAUUUAGAGCAGCCUCGCACAGAGUCUGAAUGGGAGAACAGCUUCACCUUGAAAAUGUUUCUUUUUCAGUUUGUCAAUCUGAAUAGCUCCACAUUUUACAUCGCAUUCUUCCUUGGAAGAUUCACAGGACACCCAGGUGCCUACUUGAGGCUGAUAAACAGGUGGAGACUAGAAGAGUGCCACCCUAGUGGAUGCCUUAUUGAUCUCUGUAUGCAAAUGGGUAUUAUAAUGGUGCUAAAGCAGACCUGGAAUAAUUUCAUGGAACUUGGCUACCCGUUAAUUCAGAACUGGUGGACUAGAAGAAAAGUACGUCAAGAACAUGGGACUGAAAGGAAAGUAAACUUCCCACAAUGGGAAAAGGACUACAACCUUCAGCCAAUGAAUGCCUAUGGACUCUUCGAUGAGUACUUGGAAAUGAUUCUUCAGUUUGGAUUCACAACUAUCUUUGUGGCAGCUUUUCCCCUAGCACCACUUCUAGCCUUACUGAAUAACAUCAUUGAAAUUCGACUGGAUGCUUACAAAUUUGUCACACAAUGGAGGAGACCUUUAGCUUCAAGGGCCAAAGACAUAGGAAUUUGGUAUGGAAUUCUUGAAGGCAUUGGGAUUCUCUCUGUUAUUACAAAUGCAUUUGUCAUAGCGAUAACAUCUGACUUUAUCCCUCGCUUGGUGUAUGCUUAUAAAUAUGGACCUUGUGCAGGCCAAGGAGAAGCUGGGCAAAAGUGCAUGGUUGGCUAUGUGAAUGCCAGCUUGUCUGUGUUUCGGAUUUCUGACUUUGAGAACCGGUCUGAGCCUGAAUCUGAUGGCAGYGAGUUCUCAGGAACUCCUCUCAAGUACUGCAGAUACAGAGACUACCGGGACCCUCCUCAUUCACUUGUGCCCUAUGGCUACACACUGCAGUUCUGGCACGUGCUAGCAGCCMGAUUGGCUUUUAUCAUUGUGUUUGAGCACCUCGUGUUCUGUAUAAAGCACCUCAUUUCCUAUCUGAUCCCAGACCUCCCCAAAGAUCUGAGGGAUCGCAUGAGGAGAGAGAAGUACCUGAUCCAGGAGAUGAUGUACGAGGCGGAACUGGAGCGCCUCCAGAAGGAACGAAAGGAGAGGAAGAAAAAUGGAAAAGCACAUCACAACGAGUGGCCGUGA